AUGGCUGAUAUGGCUCACGUCAGUGGACUUGUUGCAGUUGGUCUGCAUCCUUCUCCUUUUGAUUACUGCGACGUUGUCACUACUACAACACACAAGACACUUCGGGGUCCUCGUGCAGCCUUGAUAUUCUACAGACGAUUGCCCGUGGCUCCGCUCAAUUCUAAUGGCAACGGCGUUGAUGUUUCCGUAAAAACGUCAAAUAUCCAAUACAAGGAUCUUGGUCGCAAUAUCUGUGAAGCUGUUUUUCCAGGCCUUCAGGGUGGGCCUCAUGUCAAUUCAAUUGCAGCUAUCGCGGUUGCUCUGAAAGAGGCAUCACAACCUGCGUUUUAUGAUUAUCAAAAAUCUGUUUUGUCAAAUAUGCGUGUUCUCUGUAACCGAUUGCAAAGUUUUGGUUACACGCUUGAGUCGAUGCAUAAUUCAGGCCGCAACUCACUGAAUUCUUGCUCGCUCAUUAUUGUCACUGGAGGAAGCGACACUCACAUGUGCCUUGUUGAUCUUCGGCCUAUCAAGAUAGAAGCUUCAUGUGCAGAAGCCCUAUUCGAAAUGAUUGGUAUUGCGAUAAACAAAAAUACUGUGCCUGGAGAUGUCAAUGCCGUAAAGCCUGGCGGUAUUCGAUUAGGUUCUGCCGCUUUGACUUCUCGUGGGUUCAAGGAAGCCGAUUUCGAAGAGGUAGCUUCCAUCAUUCACACUGGAAUCCAAUUAACGAAAGAAAUUCAUAAUCUAGCUGGCUCCAGUUUGGCCUCCUUCAAAAAAUUGCUUCAAAAAAACAAAGAGAUGAAUCAACGAGUCUUAAAACUCAAGAAAGAAGUGGAAAGCUUUGCUGCUAGUUUCCCUAUGCCGGGCUUCGAUGAUUUUUAG